AACUGACUAUUGUACUUACUUUCUAGCCUCAUUGAAGAGGGAGGUGAUUGGGAUCGCCGCAAUCGGCUAAAAGUAUAUGAAGGAGUUUACUGCAUGGCUGUCAGAGACUUCAAAAAGGCUGCCACUCUCUUUUUAGAUACAAUCAGCACAUUUACUUCUUAUGAAUUGAUGGACUACACUAGAUUUGUUGGUUACACUGUUUUGGUGUGCAUGAUAGCUCUUCCUCGUAACGAUCUUAGAACUAAAGUUGUGAAGGGUUCAGAAAUUCAGGAGGUACUUCACUCAGCUGAGGAUCUCAAAACUUACCUUCUUUCUCUGUAUGAGUGUCAAUACCACACCUUUUUCCAGAAGCUAUCAUGGGUUGAAGGCGAGUUACGUCAUGACCGACUACUAGCACCACACUAUAGGUAUUAUGUGAGAGAGAUGAGAAUUCUGGCUUAUACACAGCUACUAGAGUCCUAUCGAUCUCUCACAUUCAUUAUAUGGCUGCAGCAUUUGGAGUUUCCACUGAAUUCAUUGACAGGUUAG